GCCACCAUCGCGCGUGGUUAAAUUCUUGUGACAUUACGCACGAUGGCGGUCAGCUUUCAUAAUCUCGCAAGAUCAUCCGUUCGUUUAUCCAGUCCACGUCAUCUUCACAAAACCUCGGCCCUACGAUCCGCACCACUCCGACGGGCCACCCUCGACGCCUUCACUCCAUUAUCGGUGGCGAUAUCAUCCUUCAGGACCUGUCUAUGGUCGAAAUCUAAGCCAGAGAGAGAGAGAACGAGAGAGAGUAGAGAGAGAAAGAAUAAGCGAAGAAUCCAAUGAGUUAAUAAGGGUUCGAUCUAUUUGAAAAGUAUUUUGUACAUGUUUGUACAAUCAAAGCAGAUUGAGUCAGGGUUUUUGGAUUUCAUGUAUGAAUUCGGAGAAAAUUUUCAGUAGAAAGUCCUUCAAAGGUUUGAACAACAAGAAGAAGAAGAAUUCAACACCGGCUCACAGUUCAAACCUAGCUUCAGAAGACGCAAACCCUAGCCAGGUAUUAGUUAUGGGUUCUCGGGUUCCUCCUGGAAACGGGGGAAGUAAGUUUGGAUUUCGAAGGCAGGAGAAUCGAGUUACUAUCCAGCUGACAUCUAAAUCGAAGCAAGAGAUGAGAGAAAUUAAGAGGAAGCUUGUUAGUGAGCUUGAACUGGUUAAGCGAUUGGUGAAGAAGAUUGAGGAGGUAGGGUCGAGGCCUUUGAAUCAGUUAAGUAUCUCUGUUUUGGAGAACACUCAGGGUACAACUACAAGUGAGAAUGUAGAGAAGGAGAAAAGAACUCCAAAAGCAAACCAGUUCUACAGGAAAUCAGAUUUUCUUCUUGCUAGAGAUAGAAUCCCUGCAACUGAGAGCCACAAGAAAUUAAAACCUAGUGGCAAGAAACAAGGAGGAGUUGAUGCUAAGUUUUCAAACAAAUUGUUCAAGAGCUGUAGUACUUUGCUUGAGAAAUUAAUGAAGCACAAACAUGGCUGGGUGUUUAAUAAACCUGUUGAUCCACUUGCCCUUGGCUUACAUGAUUACUUUGACAUCAUUAAGCAUCCAAUGGAUUUGGAAACUGUAAAAUCACGUCUGGAUAAAAACUGGUAUAAUUCUCCAAUGGAGUUUGCAGAAGAUGUAAGACUCACAUUUCACAAUGCUAUGACAUAUAACCCAAAAGGGCAAGAUGUUCAUGCCAUGGCAGAGCUUCUGUUAAAUUUUUUUCAAGAAAAAUGGAAACUCAUAGAAGCAGAUUUUAUCCGUGAGUCUAAGCUUGCAGUAAAUAAUGAAAUUGUUUUGCCACCUCCACCUCCACCUCCACCUGCUCCAACCAUUGAUCCUAAACCAAAGCCUAUGAAUCCUUCUACCAUGGGUAGAACUCCUUCUUCAAAGAAACCAAAGGCUAAGGAACUCAACAAAAGGGAAAUGACAUAUGAUGAGAAGCAAAAGCUUAGUAUGGACCUUCAGAAUCUGCCUUCUGAAAAGCUAGAUAAUGUUGUUCAGAUUAUCAAGAAACGAAACCCGUCAUUGUCUCAAAAAGAUGAUGAAAUUGAAGUGGAUAUUGAUACUUUUGAUACUGAAACUCUAUGGGAGCUUGAUCGGUUCGUUACAAACUACAAGAAAGGUUUAAGCAAGAACAAAAGGAAAGCUGAUUUUCCCAAUCAAGAAACAAUGGAAGUUGAACCAAAUGUACAGGAAAACAUUCCACAACCAAUUGUUGUUGAUGCCUUUAAAGAAGCUGAUGAGACAGAUGUUCAGAUGGAGAAGAAAGUGGAGGAGGAAGUUGCUCAAGGAGACAACAAGUCCAGUAGCUCUAGCAGCUCCAGCAGUGUAUCUGGAUCCUCUUCUAGUGAUUCUGAUAGUGAUAGUUCAUCUGGAGCAGGAUCUGAUGCAGGUCAUUCUUCAAAGGCAUGAUUGCAACAAGAAGAUUUCUGAAACUGCACCAAGUAGUACUUAUUUGUAGAAGAUGAAGAUGUAACAUAUGGACCAAAUGUACAACUCUUGAUGCACAACGUGCAAUUCGAAUUUAGGUGUUUGUUGUUGUAUCUGUAACUGUUAAGUUGUAAACUUAUUUUGGCACGUGAAGUAUGUAAUCAAGACUGAAGUAAGUUUGUAGUGUCUUAGAAUUAGUGACAGUUUGUUUCAGGUUGGUUAAUUUAACUGUCUGUUUUAAGAGCU